UCUCUCAUUUUCUUAUUGUUGGUGCUUGUAAGAGGACGGCAGAGCUAUGGUAAAAGAAGCCGAGGCCAAGAAAGGCACCAAUAAGCAAUGCCCAAGCUCAAUAAUAGACCCUGACCCUGUGUAGAAAUUUUAAAAAUAUAUUUAUAUAUAAAUUAGGAGGAAAAUAAAUCAAACCUCAUCUGAAACUGCAUUCUCAACUAACCAAAAAGAUUAAGCUCAGGUUUUCAAAGCUGAAACCCUAGAAGUAGAAGAUGAUGGGUGAGUCUCAUGACAAUAGAUCCUGCUUCUUCAAGCUCAUCUUUAAAGGCCAUAACACUGAGCAACUGCAAAUCCCACCGAAGUUUGAGAAGUAUUUACCGAAAGAAUUGCCUGAACAAGCAAUUCUUAGAGGUUCCACCGGUGACGAGUGGCGUGUUAAAUUGUGCAAGACUGCUGAUGGGAUAUAUCUGCAAGAUGGUUGGAAGCACUACUUUGAAGAUCACUCCUUGGGGGGCAAUGAGUUCUUGCUUUUCAAGUAUAAUGGAGAAUUGUGUUUCGACGUGAUCAUUUUUGGAAAAGAUGGGUGUGAGAGAGUUUAUGGUUCUCUUAUCAGGACAAACCAUGAAACUGCCUCCUCUAGUGGUGCAGGUAGACCAAGGAAAACCUCUCUUCGUUCAAAUCUCCUCCAUGAGUCUAAGCCUAGCAAAGACACUCCAGAAAGAUCUAAGGUUUCGAAAAUGGCCGAGUCUUUUGCCUCUGAUUUUCCUUACUUCAAGAGCUGCAUGGCAAAAUACAAUGUGGAUAAGGUGUUCAUACUUAGACUACCAGCUCUCUUUGCUAGGGAACACCUUCCUCAAUGCACGACAACAAUUGUCCUACGGAAUUCAGAAGGUCGAUCUUGGAAAGUGAAAUAUGUGAGCACUGAGAAGAGUUAUGCGCUUUCUCAAGGAUGGGCAGUCUUUGUACGUGAUAACAAGCUCAAGAUUGGUGAUAUCUGCAUAUUUGAGCUUUUGGCGAAAAAGGAAAUUCGAGUCCAUAUCUUCCGGAGACCGAGAAUUGAGUUAACCUGUAAGAGAGUCUAAUCUAUCAGGUAUUGCGUCCAGGUUUUCUCACAGUAGCUCCAUGAUUCUCAAUUUUUUCGGUUGAAGUUGAUCAGAACUGUAUUCUCUCUUGAACAAGCACUGUUUUUAACAUUAUCAAAUAACAGUAUUGAUGAAUUGGACUUA